AGUUAUAUUAACCAAUAGAAAGCCUAUACCAAAGCAGAAAGGAGACUUUAUCAGCCCCUCUAUUUUUUUGCGAAUGAUUGUCCAAAAGUGUUUUAUCUUGUGGCUUGAAGAUGGUGAGCAACAGUGAAAAGUACCUGUUAUAGAAACAUUCACAUCAACACAUCCAUUUCCACAUUCACACACACACACACACACUCUUCUUACCAUAACUGCUUGAUCUACUUUUACAUUCCUAUUCCUUUGCUUUGAGGAACGUCUUUGCACAUUUAGUGCAACAAGAAUCAUGGACCAUGUUAAAUACAAUAGCAGCAGCAACAACAGCAGAUGCUCACCAUUACCCCCUAUAGGCAAACUACAAUCACCUGUACAGAACAAUAGCAAUGGUGAUAAUACUCUUGGCAGCAUCAGCAGCAAUGGUCGCCACAGCAAGCCUCUCUACCAUCACAGCUAUCUUAGCAGUAAAUCUAGUGUCUCUAUGACUGGCGUUAAAAACUUGAAGAACACCUGUGGUAAAUUCAGUGGCAGCAGUAGUCUGUUAAAUGGGGCUACAGGCAGUGGUGGUAGUGAUGGUGGUAGUGCAUACAGUGUGUCAAUGAAGGCCAACAGUAGCUACUUGAAACUCUAUGGCACUGCCAGUCACAAUAACAGCAUCAGUUCAUCAUUGACAAAUGCAGUUUCUGGUAACAGUCACUGCAGUCAACAGCAACUGCAACAGCGGCAGCAGCAGCAGGCAGUGGCCACAAUAGCUACUUCAAAUGCAGUCGUCAAAACAAACAGUCCAAAUAUAAACCUAGUUCUGAAUCCAAAACCAAUAUUGGAAGCUGCAGCAGAGAAAGAGAAAGUACAAGAAAAAAUGGGAAAUGGCAAUGAUGACGAUGACGACGACGACGACGAAGAUGAUGGUGUUGACGAUGAUGAUGAUGAUGAUGACGAUGACGAUGAUGACGAUGAUGAUAAUCAUGAUGAUGAUGGAGGAGGAGAGGAAAUGGGAAAAAGUGAUAAAAAAUUGGAAGGAAUGAUUGAAAAUGAUGUAAAAGUAGAGAAAGAGGAGCAGACAGAGGGUGGAGACAAGCAACUCCAACCAAAUAACAACACCCCAAAUACAGGUAAAAGUAGUAGUACUGUUUCUGUUGAUGGUGGUGCUACAGCAUCUAGUCUCAGUCUGAAGGAAAGAGAAAGCAUCUAUGAGUGGUCAUAUGAUGAACCAGAGGAGGAAAGCAACCAGCCAUACAAAACUAAGUACCAAUUGUUCUCACAUCUACGCAAGAGCAACAUUGAUCGACCAUUCAAAUGUGUGCACUGCGAGAAGUGCUUUGCAACUACCUCACACUUGAAGUCACAUGUGCGCACACAUACAGGGGAAAAGCCACACAAAUGUCACAAGUGCCCACGUGCAUUCUCAGAACAGUCGUCACUGAAGAGGCAUUUGCGUCUGCACAGCGGAGAGCGUCCAUAUGUCUGCCUGCACUGCAGGGAGUCAUUCUACAACCAAACUUCGCUGAAAAACCACCUGGCCAAGCACACAGGCGAGAAGCCAUAUAAGUGUCUAAAAUGCCAAAAGUCCUUUAUUCAUGCCUCCCACUUGAAGUCACAUCUGCGCACCCAUACGGGUGAAAAACCUUUCAUGUGUCUCGAGUGCAACCGACCGUUUUCAGAGCGCACAUCAUUACGCCGCCACAUGCGUAUCCACACAGACGAGAAACCAUACACUUGCAAGCAGUGUGGCAAAGCUUUUCAUAACCAGUCUUCACUGAAAUAUCAUGUUACUAGCCAUGACUCACAAAACAAUGACCAGAGCAACAACACUGAGGACGGUAAGGACAAUAACAAAAAAAAAAACAACCGUUCUGCAAAAGCUAACAAAUCAAAACGAGGUGGAACUCGAACUAAUGUAAAAGGUACAUUUAAAUGCAAAGAAUGCAACAAGUCAUAUGUUGAUGAAUCAAACCUGAAGCGACAUACUUCUUUACACUCAGGAGAGCGAUCUUUCAAGUGUUUACGUUGUGACAAGGCUUUCUUUAGCCAAGCUGGUCUUCAACAGCAUGUACGUACUCACACUGGGGAGAAACCAUAUUUAUGUGUCCAUUGCAGCAAGAAGUUUUCACAGCAUUGUGAUCUGAAGCGACACCUACGUACCCACACAGGAGUACGUCCACAUCAAUGUCCUCAUUGUGAAAAAGUAUUUUGUGAGCACUCUUCUCUAAAGAAUCAUUUAGCUACUGUCCACACAAGCAAAGAACAGCAGUCUGAACUGUGGCACUGUUCUUACUGCGCUGAAAGCUUUCCUGAUGAGCUGACACUUCAACAGCACAUGCAUAGUGCACAUAAUGCUACAACCUUACAACCUCCUACUGAUGAGAGCUCUGUGCAACGAAGUACAACACCAUUGAGGUGCAGUGAGUGCGGUAAAGAUUUUUCGCAGAGUUCUCAAUUAGAAGAACAUUUCUCUGCAUGUCAUCAGCCUACCAACAAAAAGAUUACUUCAUCUCCCAGUAACCCUGUUAACACAUUGAGCCAAAAGUCACCUUUCACAUGUGUCUAUUGUGGAAAGGCAUUCAGCCAUCGCACUUCUCUCCAACGCCACAUUCGCAUCCACACGGGUGACAAUCUGUACAAGUGUACUCAGUGCAGCAAAUCAUUUUGUCAGAAGUCCUCCUAUGAGUAUCACAUUACCAUUCACUCAGGAAUUAAACCUUAUGUGUGUGUCACGUGUGGUAAAGGAUUUGCACAUCAGUAUGGGUUGCAUCGUCAUGUACGUACACAUGCUGCAGAGGUUGCAGCUGAGGAUGCCUCAAACAACUUGAACAUUUUAGCUAAAAAAGAAGAUGAGGAUGAGGAUGAUGAUGACGAUGAUGACGAUGAUGAUGACGAUGAUGAUGAUGACAAUGAUGAUGACGAUGAUGAGGACGAUGACGAUGAUAAUGAUGAUGAUGAUGACAAAAACAAUGGCAAUAAUAAUGAUAGCAAUAAAAAUAACAAUAUUCAGAUGGAUACAUUGCAAAUAUCAAAAUCUGCUUUAAUUUCAAAUCCUUCCCAAACUGUGUCUAAUGGGUCAAAGACAGGUCCUUUGGCGCAUCCACCUCACUCAUCACACUCCUCACAUAGGCAUUUACCUAUUCAUCUUAAUCAGUCACAACAGCAACAAAAUUCUCAACAAAAACAGCCCUGUUUAAACUCACAGCAAGCACUCCAUCAUCAGCAGCAUCAUCACCAUCAUCAACAACAAUCACAAAUUCAGCAUCAACAACAACAGCAGCAGCAAGUAACUGGACAACAACAGAAUUAUGACAAUGUUGAUUUUAACCUUUGUUUGGCUACAAAUAUUUCUAUCAACUCCACUUCUACAAGCUGACUGGAUGCUGAUGGGCUAGGGAACUGAACUUCUAAGCAUAAGCUAUUCACCAUCCUCACCAGGAAGAGAGAGGUGUAGAUAUAUAUCUGCUUAUCUAUCAAUUCAUUAUUUCUUAAACCAUCUAACUCUAUGUCUAAACCACAUUUAACUGUUUUAUCCUGUCUACCUGUCUGUCUAUUUUUUAAUGUCUAUUUAUUUGCCUAUUUCUGGCUAUUACCUAUCAACCUAUCUAGCUAUUUAUGUGUAUGUAUGCCUAAACAUUAGUGUGGUUCUAUCUCCAACUAUAUUUCCUCUCACCUAUUACUAUUAUCAGAUUUCAAACCAAGGUUUUCAUUACAUUUUCUUGGUUAAAUAUACCAAAUUAGAAUUAUGUUUUUUUUUCCUUUCUUUGUUUUGAUUUUUUUUCUCUACACUAUCUUUUUUUCUUAUGGGUCAUUUGGUUCUGCAAAGUCAGACCUUUUCAAUUACUACACAUGACAUGUAUAGUUGGGUGCUAAUAUUUGUUUGACACUUUACUUUGAAGUAGAAACUGAAUGAAUAAAGUGAGCAACCAGGGCGAGAAGAAUGUAUUACUUGAGAUUGAACUUGUGAUUUGAUCAUCAUACAAUCAUUAGGCCAGUUUAUCAUGUAUGUGGGCAUCUAAAAGCUCAUUUAAGAUUAAGGAAAGCAAAGUGGAGUAAGAUGAGAUCAUAACCUUGUCUUCACUCCUUAUGUUUAAGGAGAGCUGUUGGAUCAUAAGUAAAUAGCAAGAGUGAGCUGGAAAAUUGUCCAGUUGAGUUUAGUUUUCGUUGCCAUUACUACGCUACUUUCAACUGCUUUUGCCUUUUUCUGUUGCAUCCAAACAUCAUCACCAUGCAUCUAAAUAGAAUAUCCAUGCAUGUCUCUAUUGUACUAAGUAAAAUGAUUAAAAUCUUGUGUCAUAUUUUGUAGUGAAAUACUACCAUGGAAAAAUGGGAUAGUUUGACCUUAUGACCUUUUAGGUUAGUGAUAGUAAUCCAUCUUUCUCCCAAGCAAGACCUAAUCUGUUGAUGUAAAUGACUUUUACCUAAGGACACAAUGAAAUGCCAGCAGCUGAAACCAAACCUAUUAUAUUUAGAUUAGUAUACCAGCAAGCUUAAAUUCCCUCAGACAAAAUGUUCUUGGUGUAGUUGAUUGGUAGAGAUGGUUGUUAGCCUGAGUAGUUAGCCAAUCACAUCUUAUCCUAAGUUCUAUACACUCCACUUUUAUGUCGUUUCACUUUUUACUUUUGACCAGUAUGUGAAUUUUAGAAUAAAGAAUGCUUAGGAUGUUCUGUCAACAGUUGUUCAUGAUAAAUGUGAGACUAGAAAAUGAGUAAUUCUUUUUUAGACUUUUCAUUAUUUCAUUUCUAAAGAAUCUUUGUGUAGAUAGUUGUUAUAUGUUGAAGACUGUAACAGUCAUAUGUCACUUCUUGUUCAUAUGGAUCUCUAUAGAUUGUGCUAUGCUAAGUCUGUUGAGCAUUUAUAUGUUAAGCAGCUACCACUGUUUGCAAUAUUUAAAGCCAUUUUUGUCAAUUUUAGAAUACUGCAAUGACUAUUGUGCAGGAUUUAUCCAUUUGAUGCAACUUUAAACUAAUUCUCUCUCUGUUUCUAACCAGUUGCUUUUUGUUUUGAUCUCUAACUAAUGAAAUUUUCUCCAGAAUUAUCAUUCUGAAGGGACCACACUGCUAGACUGUCCCUUUUAUUUGUUCAAAAUUGCAUCUGUGUCAUUUUUGAGUCAUUCCUCUCCCUUUCCUUUUGCUCCCUAUACACACAAAAUAUCCCACCACAUGGCUGUGGAUCUUUCGUUGGUCUAAUGAUAAAAAAGAGCUAGAAAUAAAAGAUCCAUAAUGAAUGACAUAGUGGAUAAGAUCUAGCAAUUUGAGUAACAGUAUUUAAUGCCAGGUAACCUAAGUUCACAUAUGCAUGCAUACACAUACAUCAGUGCAUGAUGAUCAUCAAAACAGAGUUUAAGACAGAAACUCUAAAGAUGGAAUUAAAACCAUACUACUUUAGAAAUUGUAUUUUCUAAAUAAGGAAAUGUUCCUUCAGUUACUAUAUCACAUUGUUUAUCACAAAUAGUUGUGCAACAGUGUCACACCAACAGGGUUUUUGAUUGGCUUAUAUUAAGCGUUUGGUUGUGUUAAUAAUAUGGAACAAGUAUAGUAAGUUACCUAUAAACGUUUGAUUGCUGGAUAGAGUGAAUGAUUUUAUUUUUAUGGUCUAAUGCAGUUGCUGAAAUUACAUGAACCACAUUUUAAAUUUCUUUUUUGCCUUAAAGCUAGCGGUAGGUUUUUAUGUUUAAAUAACAAACACUAAUGAUUAUUAUGAUUAUGAUAGUAUAUAUGUGUAUUAUAUAAAAAUAUAUGUGUGUGUGUGUAUAUAAAAGUAUUUAUGCAUGUAUAUAUAUUUAUAUAUAUGUGUGUGUGUUGUACAUGUUUAUGUGUAUACAUAUGUUUCAUUGUAUUUGCAAUAAUUGAAGUAGAGAUUGGUUUGCAUAUAUGAAAUACAUUCUUUUAAGCUGGGGUUAAAUUACCUCAACUCCACAUGCUGUACUGCUUGUGAUAAUGACAGUUUAAGAGAGGACAAGAUAUCCUCUCUUAGAUUGUUUUCCAACCAAGUCAACUCUUCUCAUCUGUUAGUAAAUGAGUUGCUAUGUUUAAGAUCAUUGCACUUUUUGUGAAGAUUUUCUCUUAAAUACAUUUAAAAACUAGGAGGAAAAAAAUUUAAAGAAUGGUGCAUUUAGACUGAAGAAACUGUAUAAGGUAUGUCACUUUCUGCAAACAGGACAUUUACCUUUUGCCUGUUUGUCUCUCAAAUAUCUGGCAUCAGUGUACCAUAUCCAAGUCUACAACAUUGUUGUGCACCUCAAUAUGCUUCUUGAAUAUUUUUGAGUAAAGUGAUGUUUAUAAACUACUUGUAAUUUUCUUGAACAUUCAUUGAAAAGUCCUUUAAUAAUCUAAGUGAUAUUAUGCAUAAAAACUGAUGAUGAAUAACUUACAAUAUCUAUUAUAUGUUAUUCUGUUGGAAAGAGGCUAAAUAUUUGCUUUAAGGUUCCAAGAUUGUGACAUGGCGACUCUCGAUAGCUUUAAAUGCAUUUCAUAGAUCCAACAUUCAGUUUUUAUUAAUUGCUCCUUCUUAAUAUUCUAAAUGUAUUCCCUAUUAGACAUUUUUUAGAAGACUUUUUAUAUUUUGCUUCAGUAGUUCACUAAUACAUAUGAAUGAUAUAGAGCAUUAUAUGAUUGUCAUUUGAAUGACAUAUUAAAUUUUCAUUUGUAUUUGCAUGUUAUUUGUUGAUUUUCUAGUCUUACAUGUGACUAUGAAGUCAACAAAUAGUCUGUUUAAUUAACAACUUUGUUCUUCAAAGUUUACUCAUAAUGUAUUUGAUUAAUUAAUUAAGAGCUAUUAUAAUCAUGUGGAAGAAAAAUAAUGGUUAGCAUACCUGCUGUAUUCAUAUAUCACAUCUACCCAGGCUGACAUACUUGCUGUUUGUUUAAUUUGUUUAGUCUGGUUACUAAUUAGUGUAUCUCUGGUUACUUCUAACCUUGUAUAUUUCUUUACACAAUGUCUCAAUAAAACAUCUCAUUCUA